CAAUCAGACACCACCCGCCCAACUAGGGCACACCGCAUGCACUGCGCCCGCCUGAUGGACGCUCUCCCCAUGCAUCACAAACUCCAAGCUUAACUGCCAAGGCUUAUACGGAAAAACCGGUACAGCGGCCCAUGGGAUUCGAUACUUCCGCCGCUGGUCCCGUAUCGCUCUCAGCUCAACACCAACCGAAAAACGACCUCUGGUAGCACGAGCGAGCGGAUAGAAGCGCCAUUAUGUAUAUACUGCCCACGCGAAGAUGGAAUUGAAGCGCCGACGCGUCACACAGGCGUGCAACAGGUGCAGAGCCCUGAAAAGCAAGUGCGAUGGCAAGCAGCCCGUCUGCACUCGGUGCAAAGCCUACGGUUAUACCUGCAACUGGCAAACGGCGAGGUCCUCCCAGAACGAAUCCUCUUCCUGAAACCAGUUCAGCAGCAUCGGCUGAGACGGAAUCACUUCGGUCAGCAGUCCAGGCCUACGACGAAUUGGCAACGCAACUGCGAGCCAGGCUUCCCGAUGCUGAGAGGAAUAACAUCGACUCAAUCCUCUCAAGCAUACGAAGGCACCUGCCUCACGAGCUGCUCCCGAAAGAUGCCGAUGCGGAUUCUCCAGGCGACUUGGACAAUGCUCAUUCUCCGCCUGCUGACGGCCCUCGAGAUAGUUAUCACGGAGAGGCCAGCGACGUUUACUUCUUUCAUGCAGUGAAGCAUGCCAUCCAAGGUCAGGCGCGAACGAGCUCUCCGCUGAGGUUAGAGAGCUACCAGCGGGAUUACAGAGUGAACCAUGGCGGGGUGCCUCGAGUUGUACCCACGCGCGAAGAGGCCGAUCGUGACGUUGAAUGGUUCUUUCGCAAAUACAACAGGAGCCUUCCCUUGAUGUGUGAGAGGACAUUCCGGCGCGAGUACGAGCGUUAUUGGAAGAUGGGGUCCUGCGAUGGCGUGCCUGAUUAUUUCUUGCCGACGCUGUUGUCCAUCUGUGCCGUGAGCGACCUAUAUCACAAUCUGAUGGAUGUGUCCGCAGGUAGGAGUAGGAAGCACGAGGCCUAUUACGCGCAAGCCUGGCACGCAACAAAAGAGCUGGACAACGAUUAUUCGAGACCGGUCGUACUUUUAAUGAUCUUGCAGUGCCAAUAUCUGAUCAUGACUUGUCAAUUCGAUCGGUGCUGGAUGGUGCUCAGCCUCGCUGUCAGAAUGGCUCAGAUUCUCGGAUUUCAUGUCAUCGACGAUCCUCACUGCAAUCGACCACAACCUGUCUGCACUCAAAUCGAGAAAGAGCUGCGGCGACGUGUCUGGCAUGCUUGCUACACUUUGGAUACCAUUCUCGCGUUACAGCUGGGCCGACCACCUUGUAUCAAUCCGAAUGACAGCAUAGUCAACUAUCCCAGUGCUCACCACGACUCGCUCUUCGAUUAUGAGAACGAUACGUUCUUACCGAUGUCACCUGGACCACAACCGGGCACGAUCCUCGUGCACCACUUGACGCUGUCGCAUAUUAUAAGAAACGUUGUUCACGACCUAUAUGCACCGAAACGACCUCGCACCACCCGAUCGAGUAUCGCGGUUAUUGAAGCCCUGGACCAGAAGCUACUGGCGUGGAAGCAUGGGCUGCCGCCACAUCUACGCUUCGACCUUGAGCACUCUGUUGAAGAGGAUGCCGUUUUCGACCGACAGCGCUGUGGCCUGGCCUGGAAUUUCCACAACCUUCGCGCUUUGAUUCACCGACCGUACGUGUGCGUGGGAACGGACAAUACGCAACUCGAGAGUGCCGUCCGGCAGCAAAUUGUGGCUUCGGGCCAGAUUUGCAUCGCUGAAGCCCAGAUUGUAGCACGCAUGCUAUACCGCACUUCGAACAUGCCGCCCCACAGCUAUUCAUGGUAUCAUUUCAUUCCAUUCGUGGUGGGUACCUGCUCAAUUCUUCUGGUUGCGAGCAGAUAUCCGACUGCAACGACUGAAGGUGCCACGGCCGAUAACGAGCAGCUCGAGGCAGACGUUGCGAACUGCGUGCAGCUACUCGAUUCCUAUGCGCAGGUAUUACAACCUGCUAAGUCUGCUGCGGACAUGAUACGGACACUGCAGUCCUCGCGGCGCACCGGCGAUUCCAAGCCAUCGAAGAGAGCCCUAGAUUCGGCCGAGGCGGAGCAGCGGCCGCCUCAUCAAUCGAGUUCACACAUCGACAGUGUACAGCGGCACGGCUAUCAUAUCAAUCACGCGCCUCGGCCUUACCCUCAUCAUCCCCAUCCCCUUAUGGCAGCGCACGGGCAGAACAGCGUAUACACGCCUACGAUACCAUCAAAUACUGCUCCACAUCCUAUGCACUCUGGAUCGGAGCUCAACUUUUCGUCCAACGAGCAAUGGCAAGCAUGGCCAGAGGAUUACUUUGACUCAUUGAUGUGGUCAAGCCAAUUCGUGCUACCCACAGAAUACAAUAUAUCGGAGGGUCCAUGGAAUAUACCUGUCAAUAUGGAGUCACAACCAGGACAGCAAGGCUCCGGUGGUGCUAGUUCUGGGCCCGGACCGGGACCUGGCCAGAGUCGCUCACGUCAGCCUUGAAGCUACGCACCACACGCUUAUGCAAGUUCGAUGGCGAGGAUGGCUGUCGAAGCUUGAAGAGAGGACCCAUAACACGUUGUUAGGUUGCUCUAGUCUGGAGGAGGACUCUGGGCCGCACUGCGGCUUCGAUCAGCCCGCAUGAAGAACAAGAACGCAAUCCUACCACGGGACAAGCACACACAUGGGAACUGGAGACGUGGCUCGGUGGACCGCCGAACAGGACUACUACAACCAUAAACGAGCACCAAGUUGCUUUUUGAGCAGAGAGCCACACAUUUUUACACGACCAAAAUUAAUAUGUCACAAUAGCACGAAGAACUGAGCAUAGAGCGUUGCAUGCACGUUUUGCAUAAAAAUGAAUCUGAUCAUAGAGCGAGAAAGAGGAUGUACCGUGUUAUGUAUCACGCAAGUGAGAGAAUACAUGCACAAUCCACAUCAAUCAAUCCCACC